AUGAGCAGAAGGCGCUUUGAUCUGCUGUUCUGCAGAUCGCUUCCCUUCCUCUGCUCCGCCACCCUCUUCCUUGCCAGCAGCAGCGGCACAGGAGGCGCUGAGGGUGGUGGAGCACGGGGCGAGCAUGCUCAGAGCGCAGGGCGGAGAGGGAGGCGGAGGGUUGGUGCAAUGCAACCGCCUCCUGAAUUUUGUCCUCAUCUGCUCGUUCCCACUCUUUUGUGUGCAGCAGCAGCGGCACAGGAGGCGCUGAGGGUGGUGGAGCACGGGGCGAGCAUGCUGUGCGCGCAGGGCGGGCAGGCAGCAGCGUCGCAGGCCGCGCGGCUGCUGUGCUUCAAGGCCGCUCUGCACCUCAGAGUCCAUGACAGCAGCGGAGCAGUGGAGGCAUUAGAGGAGGUGGCGGCAAUGGGGGAUGCGGGGUUGUGCGACAGAGUUGGGGCGUUGGAGGAGGUGGUUCGAGUCCACCUCAGCGGCCACGCAGACGCACAUGCUAUGGAGUCUGCUGGGAGGGCCGCUGCAUUGCUGCAACCACCAACACCCGCCCCAUCACCACAGUCAUCAUCGUCAGCAGCAGCACCGCCACCAUCAGUCACAUCAGCAUCAGCAUCAGCAUCAGCAGCACCACCAGGGCUGGCGUUCCUGCGUUUCCGGGUGCUCUGCUCCGUGGGGCUCGUGGAGCAGCUGUGCGGCCACAUUGCCUCUGCUCGGGAGCACUUCCAGGAAGCAGACGAGCUCGAGCCGCCCGACUGCAACACAGUGCCGACCACAGGGCUCGCCCGGCUGGCAAUGGCGCUGCACCUGCACUCCGUCGGCCAAUGGGAGCAAGCCAUGUCAUACUACUCACAGCUUAUCCAAUGCUCCAUGCAACCUUCUCCCCCCUCACCCGAAUCAUCACCCACCGCAUCAUCAACUGCAUCAUCCCUCUCGCCCUCGUUGCAUGCGGGAUCAGCAGUGCGAGUGGGAGCGCUAUCAGGGCUAGGGCAGCUGCUGCUGCUGCAAGGGGAUUUCAAAGCAGCGGAGGAGCAUUUCACGGAAGCUCUCAAAGAGGCAGAAUCCAUGGAUGAUAGCCCAGAAUUCAACCCGAUGGUGGGAGCCGUGUUGUCCCUUCUGGGCGACACAUAUGCCCAGAGAGGCCGGGUGGAGCACACGGGGGAGGGCAUGAUCGCUGAGGGUCUCUUUCGCAAAGCACUGGCACUCCUGGGGGCGUCACAGUGGGACAAUCUGGACCACAGGCUGUCGCUGCUGGCAGCAGCAGGGGGCUCAUCUGCAAAUCAAGAUACAGACGAAGAGCAGCUAAAGGACCAGAAGAACCGAGUGCUACAGCUGGACCUCAUCGCAUUCACACUCGGUGAGUGCUGUGCGCCCCUUUCCUCAUCGCAUUCACACUCGAGCGCACUGCAGCGGCUCUGCAAGCCAUCCCCAUGCGGGCCAGUGAGGCGAAGAGCCUUGAGCAAUGAAUGCUCUGUCCCAUAUGCUGCCCCCCUCCAUGCCCCCCUCCAUGCCCCCCUCCAUGCCCCCCUCCAUGCCCCCCUCCAUGCUGCCCUCUGUGCUGCCCUCUGUGCUGCCCUCUGUGCUGCCCUCCCCCACUGCCCAUAUACCGUACCAGAGCGCUAUGCAGCGGCAUUACAGGCCUUCCCGAUGAGGGCCAGCGAGGCGCAGAGCAUGAGCGCCGCUGCUCACCACCUCUGGCGCUCCCCCCUCUCCCUCGACUCGGCAGUUACCUCUUCUCGAGUAUCCGCUGCUGCUCUCGAGCCGAUGAUGAAAUCAUCCGUUUGUGCCGCUGGCAAUCCCGGUGUUUCGUCCGAAUCUGAAUCGGCGAAAGACUCGGUACCUGCAGCGCAUUUCUCGUUGCCUGCACCGGUGGUCGAUGUAACGACUGGCAGGGUGCUGCUGUCGUGA